AUGGAAGUGAGGAAGGUGUUUGACAAUGUCCAAGGCAUCAAUGGCGGCCUCACAUCCACUGGAACCCUACGCCUAACCGAUUUCCACCUUGUUUUCUGUUCUCCUGCUCCGAAUAGCCAGCAAUCGAAAGAUGGCGCGCCGCCCAAGAUUCGCGAGUCCUGGAUUACCUAUCCUAUGCUCUGCUAUUGCGCCUUCCGUCCGACCCCUCCGUCGUCUGGCAUCCCAUCGUCGAUCAGGAUAAGGUGCCGCGACUUCACCUUUGUCACAUUCAACUUCCAGGACGAUAAGUUGGCGCGGGCGGCUUUCGACUUUAUACGUGCCCGCACAUGCAGGCUCGGCACUGUCGAGAAGCUCUACGCUUUUAGCCAUAUGCCCCUGAAGCCUGAGCUGGGCAUUAAUGGUUGGGAAUUGUACGAUGCUAGGGCCGAGUUUCGGCGCCAGGGAAUUAGCGAGAAGUCGACGGACAAAGGCUGGAGAAUCUCAACGAUCAAUCAGGAUUACAAGUUUUGCGAUACCUAUCCAGGCUUGCUUGUAGUGCCUUCCUCGAUAUCGGAUCUUACUCUGAAGUAUGCCAAGGAUUUCCGGUCGAGGAAUCGCAUCCCAGCGUUGUCCUAUCUACACCCCGUAAACGGCUGCACCAUUCUUCGAAGCUCCCAGCCCCAAGCUGGCAUAACCCGCAAAACCAACCCCCAGGACGAGAAGCUAGUAUGCGCCGCAUUUUCUUCCAACAUGCGAAGCGGUAUGAUCGGCGACCUUGCGCGACCUAAGCUGGCUAGCGAGCCGAGCAGCCAGUCCGAGACCCCUCCAGACUCCAGCGUCUCCGAUGUUAGCUUACAGUCCGACAUCCCGGAGAUGUAUGAUUCCAAGGGGAAGCGUCUGAUUUACGGUGCACAGCAGAGUAAUUUAAUUGUCGACGCACGACCUACAAUUAACGCCAUAUUCAACCAAAUGCAGGGUUAUGGCUCUGAGAACAUGGAAGGAUACAAGAAUACCCAAAAGGUAUUUCUUAAUAUUGAUAACAUUCAUGUCAUGAGGUCCUCUCUCAACCAAGUCAUCGAGGCAAUCAAAGACGCCGACAUCUCAGCGCUUCCACCUAACCGAGAUCUCCUCGCGAAGAGCGGGUGGAUCAAACACAUCUUCCAUGUCUUGUCAGGAGCUAUACAAGUAGCCAAGCAGGUCGGAAUCAACCAUUCGCACGUUUUGAUCCACUGUUCCGAUGGAUGGGAUCGCACAAGCCAACUGAGCGCUCUGGCCCAAAUUAUGCUUGAUCCUUACUACCGCACCCUCGAGGGCUUCAUGGUCCUUGUCGAGAAGGACUGGUUGUCGUUCGGUCAUAUGUUUAGACUUCGUUCUGGACAUCUAAACCAUGACGACUGGUUUGUGGUGCAGAAGGACGCGCUAGCUGGGUCGACCGUGCAGCCAGGCGAAAGCGAUGGCAGAGGCGAUGCUCUACAGAACGCCUUGGACGGCGCUCGGCGGCUAUUUGGGCAGGCUAAGACCGACCCGCAGCUAGAAGCCAUGACCGAGACUGCCCCAGGAGAGGUAGUUGAGAGCGAGAUUACAACUAAGAAGAUGGUGAGCCCGGUUUUCCACCAGUUCCUGGAUUGCGCGUACCAGAUGCAGCGACAAUUCCCCGAUCGAUUCGAGUUCAACGAACGGUUCUUGAGACGACUCCUUUACCACCUCUAUUCAUGUCAGUAUGGAACAUUCCUCUAUAACUCAGAGAAGCAGCGACAUGACGCCAAGGUAUUCACGAGAACGUCAUCCGUUUGGGACUACUUUUUGUCCCGUAGGGUUGAAUUUAUCAAUCCCAACUUCGAACCUGUUAUCGACGACCAUGUCAAGGGACGUGAGCGUUUGCUAUUCCCAGAUAUCAAAGAAAUUCGAUGGUGGCAUCAAGUCUUCAACCGCAGCGAUGAGGAGAUGAAUGCCUCAUUGGAUGCCAUGGCAGCAAUGGAGAGCGGCCGUGAGACAAUGAUGGCCGGCCUUGAGGUGCCCACCUCCACGAUUCAAAGCAAUAGCCAGCCGACGACCCCGCUGAGGUCUCUGAGCCCCAUGCCGCCCACUACCUUGACCACCAGCCAAUCCGCCCUUGACUCCGUCGAUCCGGCUAAAGAUUCUCUCACCCCCGAAGCGGCCGUGCCUGCACUUCACCGGAGUGCCAGUGCGGAUGCUAAUUCGGGUGCCUUUUCUACUAUUCGCGAUGGCCUAGCCGGCCUCAGACUCCUUAAUCCAUUGGGAAGAGCCGGCGAGGCGUCCAACGCCGCAGCCUCUGUUCAUCGAGAGCAAGAAAUGCGAGAGAUGACGUCGCGCGACGAUGAGUUGAGCUUUAACGAUGCCGUAGUUAUCGAUCCUUCCGAAGUCCCAGAUGACGCUUGUCCGGAUGAGGAUCUAUCGUACUGGAUUUUGGAUCUGAGCACCUGUACCAUCAUCGGAAGCAGUGAUGAGAAAGUGCCCAGCCAUAGCGUCGCAUGCACGCCCCUGGUUUGA